AGUUAUCUUUAUCCUGGAAGGGUUUAUUCUAUGUCUAUGCAAACAGACACACCUGUUACAACUACCGUAGUUUCUCAAGUACCAGAUGGAAAGCCUCAACGUCCCAAAUACCCCCAGCUGCCUUGGCCCUAUGGCUAUCCUGGAUACCCUUUUGGUGACCCAAACCUUGUCCCAUCCUCGGGCUCUGACGCUGCGCCAGGUGGCCAGGACCAGAUGGAAAGCCUCAACGUCCCAAAUUCCCCCAGCUGCCUUGGCCCUAUGGCUAUCCUGGAUACCCUUUUGGUGACCCAAACCUUGUCCCAUCCUCGGGCUCUGACGCUGCGCAGGUGGCCAAGGACCAGAUGGAAAGCCUCAACGUCCCAAAUUCCCCCAGCUGCCUUGGCCCUAUGGCUAUCCUGGAUACCCUUUUGGUGACCCAAACCUUGUCCCAUCCUCGGGCUCUGACGCUGCGCCAGGUGGCCAAGGACCAGAUGGAAAGCCUCAACGUCCCAAAUUCCCCCAGCUGCCUUGGCCCUAUGGCUAUCCUGGAUACCCUUUUGGUGACCCAAACCUUGUCCCAUCCUCGGGCUCUGACGCUGCGCCAGGUGGCCAAGGACCAGAUGGAAAGCCUCAACGUCCCAAAUUCCCCCAGCUGCCUUGGCCCUAUGGCUAUCCUGGAUACCCUUUUGGUGACCCAAACCUUGUCCCAUCCUCGGGCUCUGACGCUGUGCCGGGUGGCCAAGUGCCGGGUGGCCAAGUGCCGGGUGGCCAAGUGCCGGGUGGCCAAGUGCCGGGUGGCCAAGUGCCGGGUGGCCAAGUGCCGGGAGUCCAAGUGCCGGGAGUCCAAGUGCCGGGAGUCCAAGUUGCCGGGAGUCAAGUGCGGGAAGUCAAGCCUCAACGUCCCAAGCUGCCUUGGUCCUAUGGCGGGAGUCCUGGCUACCCUUUUGGUGACCCAAACCUUGUUCCGUCCUCAGGCUCUGACACUGGACCAGAUGGAAAGCCUCAACGUCCCAAAUACCCCCAGCUGCCUUGGCCCUAUGGCUAUCCUGGCUACCCUUUUGGUGACCCAAACCUUGUUCCGUCCUCAGGCUCUGACACUGGACCAGAUGGAAAGCCUCAACGUCCCAAAUACCCCCAGCUGCCUUGGCCCUAUGGCUAUCCUGGAUACCCUUUUGGUGACCCAAACCUUGUCCCAUCCUCGGGCUCUGACGCUGCGCCAGGUGGCCAAGGACCAGAUGGAAAGCCUCAACGUCCCAAAUUCCCCCAGCUGCCUUGGCCCUAUGGCUAUCCUGGAUACCCUUUUGGUGACCCAAACCUUGUCCCAUCCUCGGGCUCUGACGCUGCGCCAGGUGGCCAAGGACCAGAUGGAAAGCCUCAACGUCCCAAGUCCCCAGCUGCCUUGGCCGGGUGGCUAUCCUGGAUGCCGGGUGGCCAAACCUUGUCCCAUCCUCGGGCUCUGA